AUGGCAAAGAAAGGAAAGAAGAAUCAGCAGAACUACUGGGAUGAGGAUUUUGAAGAUGAUGCUCCUCAAGGUGAAACUUUGGGCGAAGAGUCAGCUACUCCAACAUCUACAGAGGGAACACCAGUACCUGAGGAAGCCGGUGCUGAAGCAGUUGAAGCCGACUUCAUGUCUACUUUGAAGAAAUCAAAGAAAAGAUCCGAUAAAAAGGCCGAUGAGGAUAAAGCUGAAGGUUCCAAUGGUAAGCCUGUUUUAAAGUCCAAGAAGGAGAAGGAGAAGGAGAAGAAAGAAGCUGAAAAGAAGAAGAAGAAGGAAGAAGCCGCCAAGAAGAAGGCUCAACAACAAGCUCAGAAGGAAAAGAACAAGGAAUUGAAUAAGCAAAAUGCCGAGAAGUUGAUGGCAGAGAAAGAAGCAAAGAAAGGUGGAUCGCAAGAACCAGCUGAAGUUAAGAAGCCAGCAACUAAAAAACCAGCAAAGAAAGUGCCAGCUGGUCUCGCUGCCUUGAAGCGUCAAUUGGAGUUGAAGAAACAGGCUGAGGAAGAGGAACGUCUUGCUAGAGAAGAGGAGGAACGUCUGGAGAGAGAGGAAGAGGAGAAGGCCAAGAGAGCUGAGGAAGAGUUGGAAGAAUCUAGAAAGGCAAGGAAGGAGAAGGAAAAGGCUAAGCGUGAAAGAUUAAAGGCUGAAGGUAAGCUACUUUCAAAAAAACAAAAGGAGGAGAAGAAACUCCUAGAAAGAAGACGUGCAGCAUUGCUUGCUGCAGGUAACGUCAAAGUUGCAGCUUUGAGCAAGAAGGCCGAUGAUGAAGAAGUUGAAGCACCAAAGCCAAAGAAAAUCGUUUACGGUAAGAAGAAGAGAAAAAAUGUCAAGGAAGACGAGUCUAAGGAGACCACACCUUCUACCGCACAGAUUGAACAAGACGAAGAAGCUAAUGUUGCUGAUGAAGAAUUGUUGAUCGAUGACUGGGAGAAGUUAGACUUGGGUGAUGACGAAGAGGCUGAAGAAGCUGCUGCUUCAGAAGCCGAGGAACAACAAGAAGAAGACGAGGAAGAGGAGGGUGAGCAUGAUGAACAAGUUGAAGAAGAGAUAUCCACUCCGGCAGUUUCCAGACCUGUUGUUACCGAAGCUCAAGCCGCCUCAACUUCUUCAGCUGGUGCAAAUCAAAAGGACCUGCGUUCUCCUAUCUGCUGUAUCUUGGGUCAUGUCGAUACUGGUAAGACUAAAUUAUUAGAUAAGAUCAGACAAACCAACGUUCAAGGUGGUGAAGCUGGUGGUAUCACCCAACAGAUUGGUGCUACUUACUUCCCAAUCAAGUCCAUCAAGGAAAAGACCAAGACCAUGAGCAAAUAUGAGAAACAAACCUUCGAAGUUCCUGGUUUGUUGAUUAUCGAUACCCCUGGUCACGAAUCUUUCUCGAAUUUGCGUUCCAGAGGUUCCUCCUUGUGUAACAUUGCCAUUUUGGUUAUCGAUAUCAUGCACGGUCUGGAACAACAAACUUUGGAAUCUAUCAGACUUUUGAGAGAUAGAAAAGCUCCUUUCGUCGUUGCUUUAAACAAAAUUGACAGAUUGUACGAUUGGAAAACUAUUCCAAAUAACUCUUUCAGAGACUCUUUCGAGCAGCAAUCAAGAGCUGUUAAGGAUGAAUUCGAGACCAGAUUACAAAAUAUCAAACUGGCUUUGGCUGAACAGGGUCUAAACUCCGAACUAUAUUUCCAAAACAAGAACAUUUCCAAGUAUGUGUCUAUUAUCCCAACUUCUGCUGUUACCGGUGAGGGUGUUCCGGAUUUGUUGUGGCUAUUAUUGGAGUUGACUCAAAAGAGAAUGUCAAAACAACUAAUGUACUUAUCACAUGUUGAAGCAACCAUUCUUGAAGUCAAGGUUGUGGAAGGUUUCGGUACCACCAUUGAUGUCAUCUUAUCUAACGGUUAUUUGAGGGAAGGUGACCGUAUCGUUCUCUGUGGUAUGAACGGUCCUAUUGUUACAAACAUCAGAGCUCUUUUGACCCCACAACCAUUGCGUGAAUUGCGUUUGAAAUCCGAAUAUGUCCACCACAAGGAAGUCAAGGCCGCGCUUGGUGUCAAAGUUGCUGCUAAUGAUCUAGAAAAGGCGGUUUCUGGUUCUAGAUUGCUUGUUGUCGGCCCUGACGAUGAUGAAGAAGAAAUGAUGGACGAUGUGAUGGAUGACUUGACCGGACUGCUAGACUCUGUUGAUACAUCCGGUAGAGGUGUGGUUGUUCAGGCCUCGACUCUGGGUUCUUUGGAAGCCUUGUUAGAUUUCUUGAAAGAUAUGAAGAUUCCAGUCAUGUCUAUCGGUUUGGGUCCUGUGUACAAGCGUGAUGUUAUGAAGGCUGGUGCUAUGUUAGAAAAGGCUCCGGAGUAUGCUGUUAUGCUGUGUUUCGAUGUCAAAGUGGAUAAGGAAGCAGAACAAUAUGCUGAACAAGAGCACAUCAAAAUCUUUAACGCUGACAUUAUUUACCACUUGUUCGAUGCAUUCACAGCUUACCAGGAGAAGCUUCUUGAGGAGCGUCGUAAGAAUUUCCUUGACUUUGCCAUUUUCCCAACUGUUUUACAAACCUUACAAAUUAUCAACAAGCGUGGUCCUAUGAUUAUUGGUGUUGAUGUUAUAGAUGGAGUUUUGCGUGUAGGGACUCCUAUCUGUGCAGUGAGAACCGAUCCAACAACUAAGGAAAAGAAUAUUUUGUUGCUGGGUAAGGUCACUUCCUUGGAAAUCAAUCACCAACCUGUCACUGAAGUGAAAAAGGGUCAAACAGCUGCUGGUGUGGCCAUGCGUCUAGACGAUCCAUCCGGCCAACAGCCAAUCUGGGGCCGUCAUGUCGAUGAAACAGAUACUUUGUAUUCGAUGAUUUCCAGAAGAUCUAUCGACACAUUGAAGGAUAAGGCUUUCAGAGAUCAAGUCUCCAGAGCUGACUGGCUCUUGUUGAAGAAGAUGAAGCCAGUCUUUGGCAUUGAAUGA